AUGGAGUUCUAUCGAUCAUCUGAGGAACUAGACCCAUCAUCAGGCAGUGCAAAGGCUUACGCCUCGGCAUCAUAUGAAGACCACCUUUCGCAUCGCGAGCUUUCGUUCGUGACAUCUCACAGGGAGCCUCUAAGUGCCGCGGAGCGUGCACGUAGGAAUAUAAAUGCAAAACUUGCAAAUCCACUGGCGGGUUUUAGCCAUGCUGCCUUAAGAGGCAGAGGGGAACGAUACGCCCGGAAACACCAGAUUGGAGAUGAGGAAGAUAUACGAGCAUUUGCAAUGGGUGCUGUUUUGGCUCAGGAUCCGAAACAGUAUGAAAAUAUGGAAGGAUUAACGGAGGAAGAACUGGAGGUUCUCCGACAUGAAUUCACGCAUAAAUGGUCGCAGCCGAAAUUGCUGUAUCUGGUUAUUGUGCUCUGUUCAGUAUCCGCAGCGGUUCAGGGAAUGGAUGAAUCCGUAGUUAAUGGGGCCCAAAUAUUCUACAAGGCGCAGUUUGGUAUCAACGACGAUGAUUAUCGUUCGACAUGGCUAUCAGGAUUCACCAACUCCGCUCCUUACCUUUGCUGUGCCCUUAUCGGUUGCUGGCUUACUGUUCCAUUCAACCACGUAUUCGGCCGCCGUGGAACAAUUUUUAUCACCUGCUGCUUCUCUGCCAUUACCUGCUUUUGGCAAGGAUUUGUUAAUACCUGGUGGCACAUGUUUGUCGCCCGAUUCGCGCUGGGAUUCGGAAUCGGACCCAAGUCCGCAACAGUGCCCAUAUAUGCUGCUGAGACCACUCCACCUGCAAUUCGUGGCGCUUUAGUCAUGCAAUGGCAGAUGUGGACCGCAUUCGGUAUCAUGCUUGGUUAUGCUUCGGAUAUCAUUUUCUUCAAAGUUCCCGACCCACCCGGUGUAGUUGGCCUAGGAUGGCGAUUAAUGAUGGGCUCCGCAAUGUUUCCAGCAGUAUUGGUCUGUCUCGUGGUAUUUCUUUGCCCAGAGUCACCCCGCUGGUAUAUUUCAAAGGAUGCCCAUCACAAAGCAUACAUGUCUAUGUGUCGUUUGAGGUUCAAUAAAAUCCAAGCUGCGCGAGACUUAUUCUAUAUGCACACUCUGCUAGAGGCGGAGUCGACGAUGAAAUUGGGCCAGCCAAAAAUAGUAGAGCUUAUCACUGUGCCACGAAACCGGCGAGCAAUGCUUGCUUCAGAAAUUGUCAUGUUCAUGCAGCAGUUCUGCGGUGUCAAUGUCAUCGCUUACUACUCCUCUGAAGUCUUCCUCGAAGCUGGCUUUUCCCAGAUUUCGGCCCUUGCGGCAUCUCUGGGAUUCGGCAUGAUAAAUUGGCUAUUUGCGAUUCCGGCCGUUUACACAAUCGAUACCUUUGGUCGUCGCAAUUUACUGCUACUCACCUUUCCGCUGAUGGGGAUAUUCCUCCUCUUAACAGGAUUUUCAUUCUGGAUACCUUCCGAUACAGCCCCCCGAGCUCGUCUAGGCUGCGUGGCGUUGGGAAUAUACCUUUUCGGAAUCGUAUAUUCACCCGGUGAAGGUCCCGUCCCGUUUACAUAUUCCGCAGAAGCAUACCCGCUGUAUGUCCGUGCGUAUGGCAUGGCCCUCGCCACAUCAACGACAUGGUUCUUUAACUGGAUGCUUGCGAUCACCUGGCCUAGUCUCGUCCGCGCAUUCUCCCCGCAGGGCGCAUUUAGUUGGUACGCCGGAUGGAACAUUAUAGGCUUCGUUCUGAUUCUGUUAUUUUUACCGGAGACAAAGGGCAAGACGCUUGAAGAGCUGGACCAAGUGUUUUCUGUUCCCACACACUUGCACGCCAAAUGGGCAUUGAAGCAUCUUGUCAGUGUCUUCAGGAGGUAUAUACUUUUCCAAAAGUAUGUGAAGGUCGAAGAAUUUGGAAAGGAGCAAGAGAAUCAAGCGAGAGGAAUGAGCAUGAGCACUGUUGAGCGGAGACUUGACAGCGAAUGA